AUGCGUCCCUCCGCCCCCGUUUUCCGCCGCCAAUUGCUGCGCGAGCUGCGCGCCAGACCCGUUCGCGAGCCCUACCGCUGCUUUUCGUGCGCCGCACGUCUCGCCCAGCAGCCAGGAAACAAUGAGAAGACCACCCACUUCGGCUUCGAGACGAUCGCCGAGUCGUUAAAGGAGGCCAAGGUCCGCGGCGUCUUUUCCUCGGUUGCGAGCUCGUACGACACGAUGAACGACCUCAUGUCUCUCGGCAUCCACCGCCUCUGGAAAGACCACUUCGUGCGCAACCUGAACCCGGGUACCAACCCUCUGACCUCGCCGCGCGACGCAUCGACCCCGCAGGGCUGGAACAUCCUGGACGUGGCGGGCGGCACAGGUGACAUCGCUUUCCGCCACCUCGAUCACGCCAGCAACAUCAACCACGACCCCCACACGCACGUCACCGUCGCCGACAUCAACCCGGAGAUGCUGGCCGAGGGCCGCAAGCGCGCGCUGGAGACGCCCUACGCGCGCACGGGACGCCUGGCCUUCGUCGAGGCCAACGCCGAGCACCUCGACAUGAUUCCGGACAACAGCAUCGACUUGUACACGGUCGCCUUCGGCAUCCGCAACUUCACCGACAAGGACCGCGCCCUGCGCGAAGCCUUCCGCGUCCUCCGCCCCGGCGGCGUCUUCGCCUGCCUCGAGUUCAGCAAGGUCCACAACUCGAUCUUCAAUCAGGUCUACAAGCAGUGGAGCUUCGGCGCCAUCCCCCUCAUCGGCCAGCUGGUCGCCGGCGACAGGGACAGCUACCAAUACCUCGUUGAGAGCAUCGAGCGCUUCCCUAGCCAGGAAGAGUUUAGGGAUAUGAUCAAGGCCGCUGGUUUCAUCGUUCCCGGCAAGGGCUGGGAGGACCUUACGAACGGCAUCGCCGCGAUCCACAAGGGUGUCAAGCCGGUGACGUCUUCAUGA